GCGUGGGCGGAAAGUGGGCGUGCGUGCUCUCGCAUGGAGCAGCAGGACAAAUCGGUCAUCUCUAUGAGCCCAGAAGAAAGUUCAGAGAGAUGCAGAGGGGGAAUAAACGUCGGGUCUGGGGAUUUCACCUCGGACGCAGUUACAGUGGCGCAGCUAAGAGCUCGCGUGGAGCAGCAGUCUUCUCUCAUUGCCAUGCUGAAGCAGAGGAACGACGAAACUUUCAAGGAGUUGAGUCAGUGUAGAACUCUGUGUGAGACUAACACUGCCCACAACCAAGAACUUCAAAGGUGUCUCUCUGAAGUGUCCAGAGCAAAAUCGGUUCUCGAACAAAGAUUUCACGCGCUUUCGAGCAAUCACGAGGAACUGACCAUUAUCAUGGAAGAAUACAAGAGAAACGGUAGAAAGACUGCAUGCAGAACUGGAGGAGAUAAAGAAAAAGGCGGGAGUUUCGGCCAAACUCGAAGAAAAAGAGAAGCAGCUGUUGGCCCUCAGAGAAAUACUGAGUGGUAAAGAACAGAGAGUGAGAGUACUUGGGGGAAGAUGUUCUGUUCUCGAGGAGGAGUUAAGAGAGCUUCAGUUGACAGAAAGAGAAAGAGAAGAAAUGUUCAGUAAGAAACUGGAGAGACGGAAACAAGAGCAAGAAGUUGUUCAGCAGAGACUGACAGAAACACGGGCUAAACUAGAGAAAUGUGGGGCAGAACAGACAGAGCUCACAAAGAGAAACAUCGAACUGCAAACUUCUUUAAACCAUAAGGAUGCUUUGGCAAAGGAAAUGUCAUCAGAAAACGAUAGGCUACUGUCAAAAGUCAGUAAACUACAGUCUGAAAAUGAAGCACUGUCUCAAGACAUGGAAAAGUUGUCGGUUGAGUUAUCCAAGGACGUACAGGUUAGUAAACUAAAGGAAAAGCUUAGAGACGAACAGAGAAAAAGAGAAAAGCUGCAAAAUGUGAGUGUUUGCGUGAGUGAGGAUUUGGCAAUGUUGGUUGACGUUGGGUUACCAUAGGAAUACCUGGCCUAUCAGAAGCACAGCUCUGAACAGCUUCGUAAAGAACAGGAGCUGAACAAUAAACUUCGACAUCUGACUGACCUGUAACCACCUCUGGUGAAUUAAGACAAUUAGUUUGGUAUUGGACAAGAUUAAACAAUUUUUCACAACCUUAUAUACAUCAC